CUAGGACCGCGGGGCCGGGAGAGGGAGGGUUAAGGAAAGAGCCAAGCCCGGCCCCUCCGGUCAAACGGGCGCGUCCGGGGCUGGAUCAGGAGCCGCUCCGCCUCCUUCCCGGGCUUUCGCCUCCGGAUCCCCGGGCGGGCGAGGAGGGGCCGCCGGUGCGCCCUGGCGCGUUUGGAGAGGACAGUGCAAUAAAGAUGACCACCUUAACCCGCCAAGAUCUCAACUUUGGACAAGUUGUUGCUGACGUGCUCUCCGAAUUUCUGGAAGUGGCCAUCCACCUCAUCCUUUACGUCCGAGAAGUUUACCCCACGGGGAUCUUUCAGAAGAGGAAAAAAUACAAUGUUCCUGUUCAGAUGUCUUGCCACCCGGAAUUGAACCGAUAUAUCCAGGACACUCUCCACUGUAUCAAGCCGCUGCUGGAAAAGAACGAUGUGGAAAAGGUGGUGGUGGUCAUCCUGGAUAAGGAGCACCAUCCAGUAGAGAGGUUUGUCUUCGAGAUCACCCAGCCUCCCCUGCUGUCCAUCAGCUCUGACUCCCUUCUGAACCACGUGGAACAGCUGCUGCGUGCCUUCAUUUUGAAGAUCAGCGUGUGUGAUGCUGUUCUGGACAACAACCCUCCAGGAUGUACUUUUACUGUGCUGGUUCAUACCCGUGAAGCCGCCACACGGAACAUGGAGAAAAUUCAAGUGAUUAAGGAUUUCCCGUGGAUCUUGGCUGACGAACAGGACGUCCACAUGCGUGACCCACGGCUGAUUCCUCUGAAAACCAUGACCUCCGAUCUUUUAAAGAUGCAGCUGUACGUCGAGGAACGGGCCCAGAAAGGAACCUGACGUUUACCCUUCCUCACCCGCCUUCAAACCUCCGACUGGCCCAGAGAGUGAGCCGACCUGCCCUCUGUCUGCUGCGGAGAUCAGUGGUGCUCUGAUGCUUACCGUCUUGUUGUGACCCAAUCAUUUCCCCAUUCUCUGUGUGGAUACGUGUUUUUAAAAAGUGCUCUUACAACUGGUACCUAGGAGUGAGAAAAUUUUGUAGCAACGAGCUCAUACCUCUUUCAACAAAUGGAUGUGUCCAGAUGUGGCUUAUUUAACAAGUUUCUAGACCUGAGUGAGGAGAGUCCUCUCUUUUUUGAUGGCUUUGAGGCUUUCAACUGGACUUACGAGCGAAUCUCUUCAGGUUCACAAACUCAUCUGUGUCAUUUAAAGUGUCUUGAAUGUUUGUCUGUCUUAAGAUCCUCCCCAGGGGGGGUGUCAUGCAAUGGUCUUUCUGCAUUAUAUUUUUGAUUGUAAAUAAAGAGAAGGUUUCUGGAA